CUUUGACAAGCAAUCCUCUUCGUUCCCUACUUGUAGGCCUGUGGCAUCGGCGUGUGUACAGUCACGCUCCUUCUUGUCCGUUCCUUGCACCAUGUCUCCGAAAACACAAGAGCCCCAGAUCGUCGCCAUCACCGAUCUAGAUCCCGCGCAAGCGAGAUGGGUGACGCUCAAGAAGGUCGAUUUCAUAGACCAAACGGGCACUCCCCGCAACUGGGAGAUCGCCAUCCGCAAGACGACCUCCAAGUCUGGCGUUGACGCUGUGGCCAUGGGGAACAUCUUCGUGCACCCUUCGAAGCCGCCCAGCACCAUGCUGGUCCUCCAGUACCGUCCGCCGGUCGGCAAAUACACCGUCGAAUGGCCCGCUGGGUUGGUUGAUGAGCACGAGACGCCAGAGGAAGCCGCGGUACGAGAGAUGAAAGAGGAAACCGGGUAUGACGGGAAGGUCUACGACGUGUCACCUAUUUUACCGAGUGAUCCUGGAAUGACGAAUGCCACGAUCAAGUUAGUCAUGGUAGAAGUGAAGCUGAACGCCGAGGAAGACUUUAUGCCAGAGCAAAGACUGGACGACGGCGAGCUGAUUGAGAGGGUGAUGGUGCCGCUGAGCGAACUUUAUGAGAGGUUGCUGAAGUGGUCCGAGCAGGACAACUUUAUGGUCGCAGCAAAGUUGUUCUAUUUCGCAGCCGGCAUGCACUUUGCAAAGCACGGAGGAUACAUUUGAGGCCACCCUCUGUUGCAGAUUGACGCUGGGGAUGGUGUUCGACCGUCGAGUGGCGCCCGCAAUGUGUCAAUGUGACUGGCCACACCGCAGCUUUUGUCAUAAGAGGACAGAGGGAGGUGAAGAAACUGGCCUGGGUCGCUUUCAUAUCACAUUCGGUUUCUAAUCUGAGAUUGGAGAUUGGAGAUUGGAUAAAGCCCGAACCAGUGGUGCCGAGACAACACCGUCCAAAUCCCUCGACCCGACCCCCAGAGCACAACCCGAGCGAGGACCCCGCGAUAUACCUGUCAGAUAGCAUGCAUGAAGGUGGCCUGGCGUUGUCAUUUCACCGUGGCAGAUGGAAUGGAAGAAAGAGACGGGGGUUAUCGGGCGAAUUAGACAAUUCAAAGGAAAUGCCUGGCUCGAUAUAUUAUGGAACUAGAUGAAUAGACGAAGAAGCUAUGACUAGAA